AUGGAACAAAGAGGAUCCGCGGCAAAAAGGACGAGAAGACGGUGGGUCGGCUGCGUGGUUGUUGUGCUAUUGUGGAGCGUGGCCUCGGCGCAGUUAAGAUAUUCCAUCUCCGAAGAGGUAAAAGAAGGAACUUUGGUCGGGAAUAUAGCGAAGGAUUUGGGAUUGGAUAAAAGCACACUUAAAGACAGGAAAUAUCGGAUUGUUUCUAGUGCUAUGGAACCUCUUUUCCGUGUGGAUCAGAAUGACGGCAUCCUGUAUGUGAGCAAAAAGAUUGACAGAGAAGAGGUGUGCGAGCGCAGCAGUACCUGUUUCAUAAAUCUAAAAACGGUUCUGGAAAAUCCACUUGAGGUACACUAUGUUGGAGUGGAAGUCCUGGAUAUAAAUGACCAUUCUCCCAGUUUCCCAGAGAAAGAGAAAAUGUUGGAGAUUUCGGAGUCUGUGUUGCCUGGAGUACGUAUUCCGUUAAAAGCAUCACGAGAUCCAGACGGUGGCCCUUUCACUGUUCAGCAGUAUAAACUCAGCCCCAAUGACCACUUUCGUUUAGAAGUUAAGGAUAAGGGAGAAGACGGUAAAAUACCUAUAUUGAUUGUGCAGAAACCUUUGGAUAGGGAGGCAGCGGGAAGCCAUUCAUUAGUGCUGACCGCAUCGGACGGAGGGAAACCACCGAAAUCUGGCGAAAUGAAUAUUAUAGUAAAUGUUUUAGAUGUUAAUGAUAACACACCUGUUUUCUCUAAUGGUGUUUAUUCUGUUACGCUAUCUGAAAACGCUCCAGCAGGUACAACAGUCAUACAAGUAAAUGCAACUGAUUUAGAUGAAGGACCAAACGGAGAAGUAGUUUAUUCGUUCAGCAACAGUGUGAGUCAUAGACUACUAACGCUUUUUGAUAUUAAUCCAUCAACAGGGGAGAUCACUGUGAAAGGCUUCAUAGAUUAUGAAGAGAAAGACAAAUACGAGAUUGAAAUUCAAGCAUCAGAUAAAGGUCUGGCUCCUCUGGCGACACAAAAAAGCGUCAUUAUUAAGAUAGUUGACGUGAAUGAUAAUGCACCUGAGAUUGAAGUUACCUCAUUUUCGAGCUCAAUUCCUGAAGACUCCAGACCUGGAACUACAGUUGCUCUUAUUAGUGUAAAUGACUUGGACUCUGGUCUCAAUGGAAAAGUUAUUUGCGCUGUAAAUGAAAACGUUCCUUUCGCUUUGUCACCAUCUUUACAAGACCAUAUGUACUCAUUGGUGACUAAAGCCCCUUUGGAUAGAGAAAAAAAGUCACAAUAUAUUCUAACAGUAGUUGCAAAAGACGCUGGCCAGCCGUCAUUGUCAUCUGAAAAGACUAUAAGCGUCGUAGUAUCCGAUGUGAAUGACAACAGUCCAGAGUUUUCACUGAGUCCCUACACUUUCUAUGUUACUGAAGCUAAUGAACCAGGAGUCUCUGUGUUUUCUGUAAAAGCUUUUGAUCGUGACGAAAAUAAAAAUGCAGACAUUUCCUAUCAUAUUAUCCGAGAUGGAAGCGAUGAUAAUAAAGUGACCUCGUUUCUCAACAUAAACUCUGAAACCGGGGAUAUUUUGGCGCUGAAAAGUUUCGACUUUGAAACUCUGAAAACUUUCCAGUUCCAAGUUGUCGCCGCAGAUUCUGGAACUCCGUCACUAAGCAACAACGUCACAGUGAAC